AUGGAACUCUGCAUCUUCACGCCUGCAGUCUUUGAAGCAGGGCCAAAUGAGGGGGCUUCUGCAGCAGGGGAGGAGGAAGGGGCGUCUGUAGCAGGGCAAGAGGAAGAACCAUUUGUAGCAGAGGAAGACGAUGGGCCGUCUGUAGCACAAAAAGACGAGGGGACACCUGUAGCAGGAGAGGAGGAGGGGGGGAUGAGGAGGGAGGGGAGUGUGGAGGGUGGAGCAGGCGCGAAGACCAGAGGUAUGAGUGACUUGCUGAGGCUGCGCCAGCCGCAUGUGGAGCAUGCCCAUCCGCAGGGAUCAGUUGUAGCAGGUUCUGAUUCACAGGAGUAUGCUACAGCAGGUGCAGUUCCGCAGGAAGGUGCAGUGGGGGUAGGGGGGCCACCCAUUGCGGCUACCCCUGCUGCCUCCUCCCACGUCCCUCGUUCUGGUAGAUCUGUCACUGCCUCCCGCACAGCAAGCCUGAAGGGUCGCACUGCCGACAGCGGCAGGGGCGAAGAGGGAGAAGCAGGGGAGGGCUACAGCGCGGUUUGGGAGACCGAUGAACAUGGAGAGAGCAAUGUGGGUGGACAGGACAAUGAAUCCGUGCAUGGAAGUGGUGCUUCUGGUGGGGAGGCUGGUGGUAGCAGCAGUGCUAGUGGUUGUGGCAGCAGUGGCAGCGGUGCCGAGGGGUGGAGUGUGGUGGCGCCAUGGGAGUGCAGCGAGGCGAGCAUUGCAGCACAGCUGAAGCUGAGGGACCCGCUCAAGAAAGGCCAGGGCGCACUUGUCGCGCCCAGCUCGGGCCCGCCGAGCCAAACCGUGGAACCCUGCGCGCGCCCCCACGCUUUUGCUGGUUCUUUCUUCCCCGCCCGAGACUGGUCUGUUGGAACUCGAGGAGCGGAGCGGAGUGUGUGCGCCGCGUCCCUGAGCGGCACGACGAGCGUCGUCGUGGAUUCGCGAUUUGCUGAGGCGUUCGCUGCGUUCGCCGCUUCCGAGUCGCACUUCUACCGCGAUUCCCGCGGCGCCUCGACUAGGCAAAUUGACGGCCGAUCUCUCUUGUGCGAGCAGUUGGACGCGACCGACCACGUGCGCCGCUCCUCCGCCGUUGCCACAGCUGGUUCUGCCGAUAGCGCGACCGCGAGCGGGCGUAGGGACAGCGCGAUCCGCGCGCUAGCGGAGUCCAUUCUCGUCGCGUGCUCCGCGCGCCACUCCUUCGCCUUCUCCUCCGCGGGAGCGGACGCCGCCGUUGGUGCCGGCGGUGCUGAUGGCGCGUAUGGGAACAACCAUGGCGGCGCGCGUCGCUCGUCCAUGUCUUCGUUCUCCUUCCGCCCGCGCGGGUCUUCUUCCUCCUCCUCCUCCACGUCAGGGGGGCGCGGCUCCGCCACCUCCGCCUCAGGGGGACGAAGCUCCGCGUCUUCCGCGCGUUCCCGCAGCUCCUCCGCGGCGUCGUUCGCCUUCCCCGCGCUCGCCUCUCUCCCCGCAUCCCCGCGACCCUCGGACAGCUCGCUGUUCACUAUCGCGGAAGCUCUUACCGAGUCACAGCCGGCCGUCCAAGACCCGGUCGCCGGCAGUCUGGGAGAAACGGAUGGGUGCGAUGAGGCUUCGACGGCAAAAUCGGCGGCGGACGGCAGUUUGCCGCCUGAUCUGAGCGGGCUGAGCAACGGGGAGCUGCUAUUGGUCGCGGCGAGCCGCAUCGCGCUGCUCACCGAGUCGUUGAGCGAGUCGCGCACGAUUAACGAGGAGCUGAUGAAGGAGAAGGACGCAGCGCUGUCGCUCCUAAUGGACACGCAGCGCAAGCUGACGGAGGCGACGACGCGCGCCGUACUGUCAAUGCCACGUGUCAACAGCUCGUGCGAUCUCGCCGGGCUCGCCGUUGGCGGAGCUUCUGGUGGGCACGUCAACUCGCCGCCGUCGUCGCCUGUUGCCAAGUCGACGGUUGCCACGUCAGCGACAGCAGGGUCAACGGGGUCAACGCUGACGGGGCAGAAGGGGAAGGUUUACCUGGACGAUGACGACGACAUGGACUACGACGAGUCGGACGACGAAUGCGACGUCGCUCGCAGGCCCGUCGCGCCUGUCGCACCAGUCGCACGCGUCGCGCCAGUCGCGCCAGUCGCAGCAGAAGCUCAGUCGGCGGAGAGCGAGGAGGCGGAGUAUGCGCGGUUUCUAGAGUGGAAGGUCGCGGAGCUGCAGGCGGCGCUGUCGCAGGCGGAAUGCGCGCUGGAGUCCGCGCGCGCGGAACGCGAAGCCUUGGCGGAAAGCCAGGAGCGCGCGGUUUCCGCCGCACUCGCGGACGCCGCGGCUUCCGCGGAGAUCGCGCGGGCGCGAAAGGUCGAGAUGAUGGUGGCGCUGCGGGCGGCUGAGGGGCAACUCGCGGCGGAGCGCAGGCGCCACGUGGCGGAGGUCGAUUCACUGAAGGAAGAACUAGCCGCGGCGCGUCGGGAGAAGGAGGGGUAUGUAACGAGCUUAGAAGCAAUGGCGCGGGUGCUGGAUGCGCAACGGGAGGAGCGGGAUGUGAUAAUAACGAGGUUAGAAGCGGAGAAGGCGGAGAUGGUGGGUGAGCUGAUGGAUGUGAUUGUAGAGGCCGUGGCUGCAGCGGGCACUGCGAGUGUAGCUGGUAACCCGGUUACUGCAGCUGCGACAGAUGGCUGGAAGGAUAGUGCUCCUGUUGUGACUGGCCAUCGCGGUGAGCUGUUGGGUGCUGCUGCUGCGCUGGACCCAGUUCUGGCUGACGUGGCAGCUGCGAACGAGGCGUCUGCUGACGUGGUAGCCUUUGCUGCCGUGGCGGCGAUGGUUGACGUGGCGGGAAGGGAAAUCAUGACAGCUGAGGUGGAGCUGGGGGGGAAAGAUGCGGAGAGGGUAGAUGCGGAGAUGUGGGGGAUCUGCCUACUCGUAGACAUACUGUGCUCUCGUGCACUCUCCCCUUCUCUCCUCUGCCCUGCUCUUUCCCUCCCUCGCACCUCCACCCCUCCCACUGCCGCGCCUCCCUGCCUGUUGGUCACGACUCAACGGAAGGGCGAGAGGGAGAUGGGAGGGGAGGGCGAGGGAGGUGGGGAGGAGGGGGAGGGGGAGCAGGAGGGGUACGCAUGGCAAGCGUUCCGGGCUCUUAUUGAUGGUGGUGCUAUGCCAGGUGAUUAUAACGAGGCUGGUGGUGUGGAGACUAGGAGAGACAGUACAGGCACUGCUGGGGACUUUAUCGGAGGUGAUGUUAUCAGAGGUGACUCUAUCGAAGGGGAUACUAGUGAGGUGGAUGUGAUGCAGAGAAGACGAAGGAUGUCGGCCGGGAGGAGGCGGUGGUGGGACCGGGGGGUGAUGGAGCGAGUGAGAGCGUGGGAGUGGCGUGGGGGGAGGCAGAGAGGAGCAGCGUCGGAGGGUGGGAGAGCAGAGGAGGGAGCAGAGGAGGAGAGGCAGGUGGAGCAGGGGGAGGAGGAGCAGAGGCAAAUGCAAGAGAGGAGGGAGCGGGAUACGGCGGUGGAAGGGCGUGGAGAGAGGGAGCAGGGAAUGUGGGAGGUGGGCGAGCCUGCUGCGAGGGGGAAUUACAGAAGGGACGCUGAUGUGGGAGAAGCAAGAGGUUUUCUGGGGGAUGAGGUGUGGAGUGAGCAUGCACUUGGAGGGGGAGUGGUGGAGGGGGAGGAAGUGAGUGCGAGGGGGAGAGUGAUGAGGAUGCUUGGUGAUGACAAGGAGAAUGUGGAGCCUGCUAUGGGAUUGGAAGUCUAG